AGUGGUGCCGGAGAGCAGAGCAGAAGCGACCGCACGAGCCAGAAAAAAACAACUGCCGCCGGGAGGAGAGCAGAGGAGAAAAAUAUCCCCAAUCUCUCUCGCCUCGCCUCCGAUAAACCCUAGCCAGCAGCCUCGCCGGAUCGGAGCCUUGGGGCGCGUCGGCUCGCCGGAGGCGGAGGAGCUGUCGGUCGGGCGGGGAAUUGCGGCGAGUUUUCGGGUUGCUCCCUGGCCUCCCGGGCGCUCGCCAGCGUCGGAUCCGGCCCUGCUCCGGAGGAGAGCGCGGGUCUCGGUUCGGCUCCGCCCCCGAUUUGCUCGCCUGGGCUGGUUGACGCGGCUGCGGCGGCGGUGGCGACCGGCGACUGAGGCGGCCGCGUCGCGUCGCGUCGAUUUGGCGGGCCGUUGCUGCCAUUGCGCGAGCCAUCCGAAGAGCCAAGGUCGAGCAGCCUGUUCCUGCCAUUGCCGUUUGUUCCGCUGGGUGGUGGGUGGGCGGCGCAGAAGGCGUGACCUUCCGGCGGCGCGAUGCUUCCCAAGGCCCGAAUCCACGCGGACCCGGCGCUCGACUUCGAGCUCGACCUGUUCGACUGCCUGCCGGACUCGCUCGUCCUGCUCAUCCUCAACAAGGUGGAGGACGUGCGUUCCCUCGGCCGCUGCUCCGCGGCGUCCAAGCGGUUCAACGGGCUCGUGCCCCACGUCCACGACGUCUUCGUCAAGAUCGACCGCGUCGUGGCGGUCGACGGCGACGGCGAGGACGCUCUCAACCUGACCUCGCCCAAGCCCCGGAACAUCCUCUCCCACUUCCUCAAGCUGAUGCUCUUCACGAUCAUCAAGCCCUUCCACAGCGCGCGCGGCCCCAACGGCGCCGGGCGGCCGCUCUUCCCGCAGCUCGCGCACCACUCGCCGGCGCAGGUGCUCCGGAGCUUCACGCACGUGCGGAACCUCCACAUCGAGCUCCCUUCCGGGGAUGUCGGCGGCACCGAGGACGGGGUGCUCCUGAAAUGGCGGGCAGAGUACGGGAGCACGCUUCAGAACUGUGUCAUCCUUGGGGGCACCAGGGUUGACCGCAAGCCUGUUGGCGCAGAGCAUGAGCCGUCUUCGGAGGACAACGGGAGCAUGCCGGAGUCUUUCUAUACCAAUGGCGGGCUCAAGCUCCGCGUCGUGUGGACGAUCAGCUCCCUCAUCGCUGCGUCGACGAGGCAUUAUCUUCUCCGGUCGAUCAUCAAGGAGCACCCCACACUUGUGAGCUUGGUGCUGACUGAUGCCGAUGGCCAGGGCACGCUGACCAUGGGAGCAGAGCAGCUGAAGGAGUUCAGAGAGAACCAACUGUCGGCCUCGGCAUGCUCCAACAGGACCCAGGUCCCGGCCUGCAACAUGAAGCUGAAAUACGCGCCAUAUCUUGAGCUGCCCGGAGGAAUUGCGCUGCAGGGUGCUACACUGGUUGCUAUCAAGCCCUCCACCGAGGGAAGCAAUGGCGGCCAUAUCAGCCGCAAGGAAACCGACGCAUUCAUCUCUGGAGCAUUUGAUGGGCCAUUCAAAUUCGCCGCGAAGGCGCUGAUGAAGAGGCGCACAUACCUUCUGGAGAUGAAUGGCUUCUAGGAGUUCUUCCUGGGUAUCUGCUUGCUGGUGCAAGCAAGGGUCGUUUGGCUGCUUUAACUUUUGGUCUGUGUAAUAGUCUGUGCUUGUUGUCUCGUGUGUUAGCUCUUUGUACAGUGGUGACAUUUCGUUAGCUAUAUGAAAAACAUAUCAAAUUAGUACAUUUUCUCA